AGAGGCCGCUCAUGGCGCCCGGGCCGUGGGCCAGCGCUGGCUCUGUCGGCUGGAUAUUUUUAUUAAAAAAGUGAGAACACUAGAGCUCGGAGAAGUGAUUUGUCUAAACGCCAUACAGCGGAGCCGGGUUCGAAUCCAGUUACUGUUUAAUGCUACAACCACUUGUAACCAUCUUGCUACAUCAUCUCUCUAAAUGUCCUAUUUAGAUAAACAUGAGCAGCACUCCUUCCCACAGAAAAAAACAAUAAACUGUAACCACCGCCGCUGGCUCACUAAAAUGGCGGCUCCCUCCCGGGCGCUGGCUCUCUUACGUCAUCACCCUGCGCGACAGCAUCUCGCGCCCCGAGUGCGAGCGGAAGCAGGCGGGCCGAGGGAGGGGCCCAGGUCGGGAGUUGUACCUUGUUCUUCCGGGGCGCAAGAUGGCGCUGCCCUUUGCACGUUCGCCUUGCCUCUGCCGCUGGGCAGCCAAACGAUUGGGGGCUGCUGCCGCAGGAGCCCGCAGAGGCGUCAGUUUCAAACUGGAAGAGAAAACCGCCCACAGCAGCCUGGCACUCUUCAAAGGGGACACAGGUGUCAAAUACGGCAUGGUGGGGUUGGAGCCCACCCAGCUGGCCCUGAAUGCGGAGCGCUUCCGGGAGUGGGCGGUGGUGCUGGCGGACACCGCGGUCACCAGUGGCAGACACUACUGGGAGGUGACGGUGAAGCGCUCCCAGCAGUUCCGGGUCGGGGUGGCCGAUGUGGACAUUUCUCGGGACAGCUGCAUCGGAGUGGAUGUCCGUUCCUGGGUGUUCACCUAUGCCCAGCGCAAGUGGCACACCAUGUUGGCCAACGAGAAAGCCCCUAUUGAGGGCAUCGGGCAUCCAGAGAAGGUGGGGCUGCUGCUGGAGUACGAGGCCCAGAAGCUGAGCUUGGUGGAUGUGAGCCGGGUUGCUGUGGUCCACAUGCUACAGACAGAUUUCCAGGGUCCAGUGGUACCUGCCUUUGCCCUUUGGGAUGGAGAAUUGCUGACCCAUUCAGGGCUUGAGGUGCCCAAGGGCCUCUAGUACAUCCAUCACUGGAGUUCCUCCUAAUCACACGCUUGGCCAGCGUCCUCCUGAGAGUGUCUGAAGCCUUUUAACGUUGCCUCAAGCAACCUCUAGCUCCCACAGUUCAGGUCCUCUGUGCAGCGUCUUAGUCAUUUCCCUCUCCCCUACCUGCGGAAGCUAGGCUACUGCCAGUUUUCCUAGGCUACCAUGAGUGUCUUUUCCUGGACUCGCUUCCUUGGGUCCCUCCGUCUUCCUGUGCCCAGGCCCUUCUCAGACUGUAUUCAGUCCUGGGGUCUUACCUUUCAGCUUUGUUUGGAUGUAUUCAUCACUAUGGUACCUUUCUCUCCCUUUACCCAUGUUAACUUCUGUUUGUUCUUGGUGUUCUACUGAGUCUCUCCACAGGGAAUCCUUCCUACCUCUGGCUGGAGGAGUGGUUCAGUGACUUGGCCCUUUCUCUAAAGCACAUACGGAGUCUGGGCUCUGGCUCCUUCGGGAAAUGCUUUACUGUCUGUCAGAGUGAGAACAGAGACCUCCUUCCUCAGUACCUCAAAGCUGGACUCUCAGCCUCACACAGCUGCAGCUAUCCUCACCAUGAGUCCAUCUGCCUUAACCUGCAUACCUCCGACACCUGGACAAUCCCUUGUACUCACGGGCCAGUUACAACCACUACCAAAGGGAAAGAGACACUUGGGGGAUAUCAAGGGCAUUCAUGCUGGAAACUUUAUUCUUGAGAAGUUCUAGCUUCAUUUCUGCUACAGUUGGAACUUCCAGAGGGAGGAGAGAGACCCGAGGGCUUGCACAUUUUUGGGGCCUGCUCAGAUCCAAACCCUUACCCUCCCACCACAACCUAGGCAGAAUACACUUAACCUAAAGCAGUAUUAGGGGUUGAGGAAAACCUGGUGGGAUGAGCAUCUAUGUGAAAUACAGUAUUUCUGUUUGACCCUGUGGCUCCAUCUUAUUCUGUCUUUAUGAUGGUGAUGCAACUGAAUACCUCCAUGGGAGAAAGAGGACUGGGUUUAGCAAAAAUAAUAAUUUGUGUAAUUAAAGUUUAUUUAAGCACAAAA